AGUGCCAAACCGACAUUUGCUGUGUUAAGUCUCGCGCGUACACUUUAAUCCUAUAUAUUUCCUUCUUCAUUAACAGUAUAUUACAUAAAUAUUUAAUUGUAUACACUAAAAUUAACCCAUUAAGGAAUACAUUUGUACAUUAUAAUACAAGCAGUGUAUAAAAAGUUCUCAUGAAAUGCCGUAAAAAUUCAGAAUGUAUAUGAACUCAGCAUGUUUAAUAGGAUUAAUGUGGUUAUGUAAUUAAAGUGGUUUUUCUGUUACAAAAGUUUAAGGAGCAGAAGAUCGAAUUCUUAAAUGAAAACUUCUUUAAAAAAUGUUACACACAAAGUAUUAAGUGAAAGUUGAAUUGAAAAUAAUUCUCAAAUCUUAAAAAGAUUCAGAAAAUAAUUUAUAAUACUGGAAUAAAAUGUUCUAUAGAAGUGAUAUGAAAUUGCAAGAGAAGAAUAGUUCCUCAGGAUAAACUUGAAAAGUUUUGGAGGUACUAUACUAUUAAAAUUUAAAAGUUUAAAAACAUGAGUUCGGUAAUAGGCAAUUUUUUCGAGAAAAUACUGCUUUUGGGAAAUGAGAUUUGUACGCUCUUGUUUUUGGGAAGAAAUAAAAUUUUAAAUUUUGAAUCAAAAUUUUAGAUUUGUUUCUUUAGAAUUCAUGGGAAAAUAAAUAUUUUUCUCAAGAAAGCAAUCUUCUGUUUAUUUCCGAACUCAUUUUCAACAUUUUGAGCGAGUACUUCCUCCAUGACAUCUCAAUCUUCUGCGCCUUUUCUCUUUGAUAAUCUCUACUAGAAGUAACGUGUAGUUAUAUAGUGAGAAUCAUCUUCCUUAUCGUGAAGAGCAAAUAAUUCAAUUUAUAAGCUCGGUUGUUUCGCAAUGCAUUUGGGAUUACCGUAACGGAAAUUUAUUUCCAACACUCAAGGAAGAAGAAAAAAUAUGAAAUCUGUGAAAAGUUCUACACCAGUGAGAAAAUAAGAGGAGAUUUCUCAUCCGGUGGUGGUUGUUAUAAAGAAAGAUUUGUGCAGGAGCGAAUUGUAUGUGUGUGAAAUUGUGUACCAAGUAUAAGAGAAAUUUUCUGGUUACAUAACAUGUUUUGGAAUAAAAUAAUGAUUUAUUGGAUUAUUAUGCCACUUAUGGAAUAUUCUUCGCUACUUCAAGGAAUUUACAAGUCAUCAAGAGCAGAAAAGUGUCAACACAAUGACUGAUAAAAUUGGUUUUAGUGAUGUACCCUAAUUGGUUUUGUGAUAUCUCGUCAACUAUUUCCACUAUCAACUUCAAUCUUCCAUCCAAAUUGCAGUGCUGUAAUAUUUCAUCCAAUGCACAAGUGUUAAGAAAAAAUAAGAAAUUCAUUUGCGAAUCCGUUAAGACGUUACUACCAACUUCCAACAAAUUUACAUCUAAAUCCAGUAAAAGUUCACCACCACAUAACUAUUCAAUUUCGUUACUCAUUUUCGCACAGUAGAAGAAUUUUCUUUCUCUGUGGUACAAAAUAAGGUUUUCUAUGCAUUGUGAAAUUUAAUAAAUCGCUGUGUGUAUCUUCCAACGUGUAACAAAAUUGAGCAAUUGAGUAAUUUUCAACGACAAUGAAACUCAGUGUUAGUGCAUAUCGCGCUCAUGCAUCAGCACACAAGAAGAUCCUCUCAAGCAGUUACCAGACACAGUUCAAUUACGGAAGUACAGCAGCUGCCUCUGUGUCAGCACCUCCACCCGCAGCUCCAGCAUUCUUUGGGAUGGAGACUUCUAAUACCCGCACAUCUACAAUUUGUCAGGGUGUGAGCAAUACUUUGAGCCCACCUGAUGCAAUUAGUCCGCCUGGAAUCACGAGAACAGAGUCAAAUGCCACCUCUCGAGAAGAUGAAGAAGACUCGAGCAAUCCGGCGUCGUCGGAAUGCAGAAGUCCUGGGCAACGAACUAAAUCGAACCAGCGAUGGAUGAAAUUAAGAACAACUGUUCAGAUAUCAUCGGCAAUGCAAAAGAAACCACCACUGAAGAGAGAAGAUUCUUUCCUCAAGCGUUUCUCCACACGUCAAAUACCUGAAACACAGGAAACUAUUGAAGACACUGGUUCAGAGGGAGCGACCGGGGAGCAGGAUAAAAGUCUCAAGAGGCGCAAGAGAUACAUCCAAAAGCGAAAGAGUGUAGUCAACCCUGAUGAAAAUUUUUACUUCCAUUGGCUCAUGGUGCUAACAUUUUGUGUCUUAUACAAUUUGUGGGCUCUUAUUGUGCGUCAGAGUUUCCCAGAGCUUCAGGAUCUCGCAUCCAAUUUCUGGUUUGCCUGUGAUUGCAUCAGUGACAUUGUAUUUGUACUUGACGUAGUAGUUCAACUGAGGACGGGAUAUCUGGAACAAGGAUUGAUGGUGUACGAUGAUAAAAAAUUAGCAAAACAUUAUAUUAAGUCACGAGAAUUUUUACUCGAUUUGGCAGCCUUAAUACCAUUAGAUCUGUUGCAAAUUAGAUUCGGAACACAACCUCUUUUGCGGUUUCCACGGUUUUUCAAGGUUUAUAGGUCCAUCAAAUUUUACUACAUCGUGGAGAGUAGAACAGUGUGGCCUAAUUUGUGGAGAGUCGUCAAUUUAAUUCAUAUUCUGUUGAUUUUAGCGCAUUGGUUUGGGUGCUUCUAUUUUUUACUUUCGGAAGUCGAAGGAUUUCAGGGUGAUUGGGUAUAUCCCUACCGUCCUGGAGAUUAUGCUACGCUAACAAGAAAAUAUCUCGGCAGCUUAUACUGGUCCACGUUGACACUGACGACAAUUGGGGAUCUACCGACACCAGAAACGAAUGCUGAGCCCUCGAACUCGGCGGACGGCCCCAGAUCACUUCCGAGACGUGGCCUGAAAUCACGAUUACUUCAAUUUGGUUCCAACAACGGGUAUGUUUUCACCAUUGUGAGUUAUCUCAUUGGAGUGUUUAUUUUUGCAACGAUUGUGGGCCAAGUUGGCAAUGUCAUAACCAAUCGCAAUGCCAAUCGAUUGGAAUUUGAGCGUCUCCUCGAUGGUGCGAAAACCUACAUGCGUCACCACAAGGUUCCUGGUGGCAUGAAAAGGCGUGUGCUCAGAUGGUAUGACUACAGCUGGUCUAGAGGACGCAUACAAGGUGGUGGCGACAUUAACACUGCACUUGGUCUCUUGCCAGACAAGCUUAAGACAGAAUUAGCACUACACGUGAAUUUGAGUGUGCUGAAAAAAGUAACAAUUUUUCAAGAAUGUCAGCCGGAAUUUUUACAUGAUUUAGUAUUGAAAAUGAAGGCUUAUAUUUUUACACCUGGAGACAUGAUCUGCCGAAAGGGUGAGGUGGCGAGGGAGAUGUUCAUUAUUGCAGAUGGAAUACUAGAAGUGCUAAGUGAAACAGGGAAGGUGUUAACUACAAUGAAAGCCGGUGAUUUCUUCGGAGAAAUUGGAAUCCUCAAUCUUGAUGGUCUCAAUAAGCGUACAGCAGAUGUUCGUUCCGUGGGAUAUUCGGAGCUAUUUUCACUUUCACGAGAAGAUGUUCUGGCAGCCAUGAAGGAUUACCCAGAAGCACAGGAAAUCCUCCAGACACUGGGUCGGAAGCGUCUAAUGGAGGUACGGUGUGUAAAUAAGAGACAUGCAAAGAUACAGAGUGAAAAGGAAGCAGCUCUGGCGGCAAAUCUGGGUGAUAGUUCCGAGAAUAGUGCAUCAAAAAGGAUUGUUGAAAAAUUACGAUCUGACGUGAAGGGGAUCAAAAAUGUUUUAAGGAAAUCCAGAACUGGAAGGCGGAGUAAUGAAUCUAUUGAACUGCAGCCCCUUCAUACAGGUGCAGCAUUAAGUGGAAGCAAAGCCUCCAAGGGAGUUCUCAGACGAAUGCCACGAGUGAAAUCUGAUGACAUUGUUAAUGACGAUGAUCACCAAAAGCAAGUGGAAAAAUCCCCAAGUCCCAUUGGAGCGGGUCUUCCUUUGCUUUCGCGACUUCGCCUUUUGAAGGAGAAACAAGAUCGUGAAGAACGUGCUGUGAAAGCUGCACCUCCAAUUGUAACAUCCCCACAUUCUCAUGUAACAUCCACUGUAUCACCACAGGAGUCAAUUCAGGAGGAGCCAGAACCAGAAGUUAUCGGGGCGGGUCUCCCAUUAAUGCAGCGACUAAAACUUCUCAAGCAAAAAGAAGAUAGAAUAGCUAAGGAACAACAAGCAAAGAAACAACCUGUAACAACACAGAGCGUAAUACCAGUUCCUGCUACUACAACAAAUAUUCUCUCAAAUGCACCAAGUAUUAAGCAAACCUCUACUAUCCCAAUUCCGGGAACUUGUGUCACUAAUCCGUCCCCACUGCCAAAACCCACACUUAAAGUAUCCUUCAAAGACCGCAUUAAGGCACUUCAGGGUGCCUCAGCGACACCCACUGAACCGCAAAUAUCCGAAAAGGAGGAGAGCUUAUCGCAACCAACGACUGAAACAACUAGCGAUAGCAUGAAGCAGCAACUAAUACCAUCAACUGCAGCAAUUAUCAUAGCAAAAAUAUCGAAACCGUCCACGAAUCUUUCACUAAAAGACAAGAUAAAGUCGUUGGGUAGUGGAGCACCCAAAGAGGAACCACUGAAACCCUGGUCUAAGCUGAAGCUUGCCACAGUUGUAAGUUCUGGUGGAAGCUACACAAGUCUCAAUAAUAGCUUUCAAGAGGAAUCUCCAACAGCAUCUUUGACUAGAGGUAUUGCAUUGGAUGCUAGACCGAUUGUCACCCCUGCAAUUACCCCUACGAGACCAACAGACUGGAAAUUACCAAUGAGGAAGGGAUUGAAAAGUAAAGAUAGCAGAACAAGUGUGAGUGAUAGUGAACAAUCCACCUCGAAGCAGCCCAAGACGAAAUCAUUUAAAUUGCAAACAAAGUCAAAGAACUACAGAUCAGUGGAUGAUCUCUCACCAGAGUACAGUGGUUUGCCGUUCGUUAAAAAGCUCAAAAUCUUGAAUGAACGACAAAAAUUGGCAGAGUUGGAGCAUGUGAUUCAAACAAGAAGCUUUAGCCUCGAUUGUCCUGAGGCCGUUGUAACACCCGUGGAGGAGCCAUUGACGCGCAGCCAUAGUGAAGCAUCGGGUAUCGCCAGAGGGAAGGAGCUGAGAGUGUGUCCAACUGGUGUUGCCAUCCACGAACUGGAUUACCUACAGGAACCCCCAUCGCCUGGAUGCAAUGAAACUCUCGAGAGGCGCCACCUUAAAAGUAUCCUGAAGCGUAUGACUGAGGAUGAGAAGUCGAAAGAAACAGUUGACCCACCAAGUCAACUGGCGGACUAUGAGGGUGUAAUAAGAGCCCCAACGAUGGAAGGGUACGUGGCAAGACACAGCAAAUUUAUAAAGAGCGUAACCUUCAAUAACACUCUUUCCAGUCCGCCACACAGUGAAAAUUCACUGAUUGAGGCGACAACAGACGAACGAACGCCCUUUCCUACAUCACUACUCAGCGCACAGAUCCCUGACACCCAAACCCCCCAAUCUACACCCGCUCCACUCCCUCUCACACUCACAACAACAACAAUCACCAAAAGCCCCACGAUCCCCACGAAGGAGAACACGCGUGAAACUUCCAACAAUGGACGUAUCAUACGGGAUGAUACGGAGGAGCCCUCAGACCAUGGGAAGCUCAUAUCCGCUGACUCACCUUUCAGUUUGUCAAAGCAGAGGAAAUUCUUCAAAGGAUCACUUGAGGAUCAGGAAUAUUUUGGUGAAGUACUAUUUGGUGUUCGUCAAGUAAUACAGAAUCACCUACGUGAUGUACAGGGCAAGUUUCAAGAUAAAUUCUACUUCAUGGAGGCGGAAAUCCAGAAGCGCGAUGAUAUUAUCACACAACUGAAGAAGCGCAUUGCUGAACUUGAGAGGCAUGACAAUGGGGACAGUGCAAUGACGCCCAUUGGGGAGGUAGAUCGUGAGAUGGGUUCAUCGGGAUCAGGUAGUUCAAUAUCGAGUAUUGAGCUACCAUUUAUGGUGAGUAAUCGAGGUGAUUCAUUGGAUACAAUUUUUGCCUCAUCACCACCUCCACCAGAGCAAGAGCGAAGACUAAAGUGUAGGAUGAAGAAGAGAAAUUCCCCGAAGCAUCGUAGUGAACGCACAAAUAAUCGAUCCUGGGAGGAGAGUAGUGAUCAGGAGAGUAUUGAGAUGCAAGAUUUACCACGAUCUCUCAGCCCAUACAGGCGAGAGGUGCUAGUGCAGGAUAUCACAGGGAAUCUCAAGAGGAUAAGUGCUGACAGUGUGAUCCUCAAUAUCGAAGAUAGCUCAGCUAGCUACAGCUCAAGUGAUUCACAUGUCGAUGGACCCGAUGAUGAAGAUGAAGCGCGCGACGAAGAGCUUCACUGUGACGACUGGGAAAUUCGGAUGCUUGCAGCUGAGAUGGAUCGCCGAGAGCAGUCUGAGACGACACUUUCAGUGGUUGCAGAACCAUCGGGAAGUCACGAGGAAGCACCUACGGUACGAAGGAGGCGGAAACGAAGUGAUACGGACACGGAACCGAGUGAACAAGAACCGGAAGUUGUCACAAGUAGACCCCGAGCCGGUAGUUUAGAUCAUCACAACCUAAGACAAGGUGGAUUUGGAAGCCGUCCCAAAAGCUUCUUCAAAGCAAUGAGUUUUGAUCGCAACAAAGACAGACUCUGAGAAUUAACAUGCGAUAUCUGUAUGUACGUGUGUUUUGACUAAUGUUGAUCAUACAACAUUUCAACAAAAAAAUGAUUUCUUUAGCAAACAUAAGUUCCGUUUAAAUUAAAUUUAAAUAAUAAAGAGAAAAUAAAAUUAAUUCGACCAGCAUUGUGAUUUUUAGUGUAUUCAAAAGGAUAAAAAAAGAAAAUGAAAAAGCAACAAAUGUACCCCCCCCCCCUUUCUUCUUAUUAUUAAUUAAUCAAUUCUUACCAAUUUAGAAAAUUGGAAAUGAAUUAAAAAGAAGUAAAGAUCUAAAUAAUAAUGAAAUGUACUGGUAAGCUGACCAAGCUUACGGGAGCUGUGUUUCUUUCAGUGUACCAAUUUUGUGAGAGCAAACUAGAACGCAAAUUAAUUUAAAUACGCGCAAAGUCGGGAAAAGUAGAAAAGUCAUACCCUAAGAAAUCUUUAGAAGGCUAUAUCUCGAGAACGGAUCCAUAGAUUUUCAUAAAUUUUUUUUUGUUUUAAAGGUCUCGAAGUCAGCUAUAACAUAUCGAAAACUGAAAAAAAUUUAUGUCGCCAUUUUCGAAAAAUUCGAGUUCGAAAUUUUCGAAAACUUUGUUUUCGAUUUUAGCGCCUCUUGCGGUCAUUUUUCGAAGUUGCAAUGUUCUAGACAUUUGUAUGGUUUCUCGAAACCUUUCAUUUGCGCUUGAGUUGAUCAAGAUCGGACUUGUAGAACCCGAGAUAUGACAUGCCAACUUUGGAAGGCUAUAUCUCGAGAACGGAUCCAUAGAUUUUCUUCAUUUUUGGCAUGAAGCUAGAUAAUAUGGUCAGCUACAACAUAUGAAAAAAUGAAAAAAAUUUAUGUCGUCGUUUUCGAGAUAUUCAUCGAAAACUAAUCGAAAAUUUUGUUUUUGAUUUUUGGCCCCCUAGCGGUCACUUUUGAAACUUCGGAUGUUCUAGAGAGUUGUAGGGUUUGUUGAGAUCUUUCAUUUGACCCCGGGUUGAUCAAAAUCGGUCAAGCCGUUUUCGAGUUAUGGUCGAUUUUCGAUGAAAAAUUGUGGCGGCCAUAUUGACUAAACGGCUUGACCGAUUUUCGAAAAUGAGGUAUCGUUGGAAAGCUCUUGAUGGCCCCUACAACAUAUCAAAAUUUCAGACCUCUACCUAUAAUAGGGGCUGAGAUAUAGCGAAAACAAAAUUUUGAGGUUAUCCAAAAUGGCGGACGGAGGGGUGGGGGGGUGGAUUUGACUUCAUAAUCGGAUUUCUUCAGGUCGAUAUUUAAACUUUGCCGUUUACCGCAAGUCUCUAUCUAUCACCGUUCUCUUGCAAUUUAAGUUUAUAAUCCGGCCGGCCGGCCGGCCGGCCGGCCGGAAAAAAAAUUUUUUUGGCGCAUACGUUUUUUGGAAUGUGGGGACCCUAAUUCGUGCUCAUACCAAGUUUGAGCCCGAUCUGACGACUUUCGAUUUUGCUCGGUACACAAAAGCUGUGUCUGAAAGAAACACAGCUAAAAUAUCUCAAAAUUUGAAAUUUUACAGGAUAUUCAUGCUCACUCGAGAAUGGAUUGUAUCGGAUAAAGAUAAUUAUAUAGUUUCCUUGCAAUAAUUUAAUUGAAAAAUAUUAUAACUUGCAUACAUUAUAUUUAAAAAAAAAUGAACCUUAGGAGUAUAAAAUUAUGAUAAUAUUAUAUAAAAAAAAAGAAGGAAAAACUGUAUAAAAAUAAUCGAGAAAUAGUUUUUUAGAAAAAGCAAAAACAUGAAAUACCAAAAAAGAAAACCAAUUUUCUGUGAUACGCGCGAAUGCGAUGUGUGAGCGAGAAAAAAACAGACCGGAAAAACUAUUUUUAAAGAAAUUAGUAAGGAAAAUGCCACACUCAUUAAUGAAUAAAAAAAAUAAUGAAAUAUUUAAAAAUAAAAAUUUAACAUAUCAUUGCAUUGGGAAAAAAAUAGAAUCUCAUUUUUAUAUCCUGGAAGUUCAUAUUUUAUUUUGUUUGUUUUUUUCUUUUUUUAACAUCAUAAUAAUUACGACGAAAAUAGAGAAAAGUUUUUAAGUAAAUGUAUUUGCUCACAGACCACAAAAAAUACAUAAGCAAAGUGCCAAAAUAUAUGGAACAAAUUCUCUUAUGUAAAAAUUGCCAAAAAUGUCAGGCAAGAAACUCACGAAUUUGCUCAAUUUAAACAAAAGAAAAUAGAAAAUGCAUUUCCUCAUUAAUUUUAGUCCAAGAUUGAGAAUACGUCCAGAAAAAUAACUGCAUACAUAAUGUACCUACCUACCUACCUUCUUUGCAACUAAACCUCCUUCACUACACGAUAUGUAUCUCUGAAAAGAAUUAAAGGAAAUCAAUGAAGAACCGACAUAAAUUGAUGCGCGAAGGGCGCGAAAGUUAGAUUUUCCUUCAUUUCUCAACAGAGAAAGCAUAUUGUGAAAGCAUUUUACAGAAAAAAAACUCCUGGAUAAUUUUAUAAUAUAAAAUAUGCACCUUCCUAUAUUUUUUUUAGUCGAGUUUUCACGCUAGACAUUACGCUGUACAUCUAUGUUCUUAGAAAAUUCAAAGAUACAGUGGGUACCUCAAAUAAAUUUUGCCGAAGAGAAACUUUUAAAGAACGAGGCUACUCAUUCCUGUCUAGCCAGUCUCAUGAUGUACAGAGUAGUCAAAUUCUCUUCAUGUAUCAUCUUUAUGGUCUUUUUCAUUAAAAAAAAAAGUCUCUUUGCAAUUCUGACUACAACUCAAAAGAAAAGAAACCUAUAUUACAUUUUUCAAAACCAAAAACUAUUUUUUAUCAAACAUGAAAUUUUUACUAAAAAUCAAUUUUAGGAUUUUUUCUCUAUAAGUACCUACCUACAAUAACUCGUGGAUUGUACAAUUCCAUAAUUUGAUGAUUACUCAAACUAUCCUAUUUAGGAGUAAAACUUAAAAAAAAAUGAGUCUUUGGAAAACAUUUCCAAAAAAGAUGUAUUUUUGCUCUUUUCUUGACAAAAUAAAAAUGGCUUUAAGCUUUCAGAUAGUUUCUAUAUGAAAAAAUGUUAAUGCGAAUAUAAAACAAAAAAAAAUUUAAGCUACUACACCAAGAAAUUGUUUAAUAUAAAAUGAAUGCUCCGAGUUACGAGUCUAGCUCAUACAAAAAAAUUUAUGUAGUUAGACUCAUAAUUCUUGUAAUAAGUACAACAUACUUGGAGCCAACAAUAUGAAUUUCCUAGAAAAAAAAAGAAAAUAAUUUAAUUUCAAGACAGUGCAAAAUACCGAGCUGUGAUUCUUUCUUUGCCAGAAAAACCAUCUAAGAGGCUUAAUGAAGAAUAAAUCUGAUUGAAAGUUGAUAUAAAAGUUCAUAAUGUUUGCAAAAAUUGACUAGCCAGAAUUAAUUUUUAAAUUUAAAUGAAGCUAAAAAUUGGUUAAGAAUAAAUGAUUAAACGUAAAUUAGCAGCUUUUGAGAAUUCAGUUUGUUUAAUGUUCUAACGUUAGACGUUUAUUCUAACGUUUAAAAUUUGUUCUUACAGAUAUUUGAAAAUCACAUUUUUUUUAACAUUUUUUUUGUAAUAAAACUUUGAGCUUAGAAAUAAUUUAUUUUGAUCUCCAAAGAAAACCCUAAACCAUCUAGGCUAGAUUUUUCGAAUGUUGAGAUACCCAAACAGCUUUCAAAGAAAGAAUCUCAGUUAAAAGAAAUGGCUAAAGAAACAGCCUUUUCGCGGGAUAGCUCUCACUCGUGCCAUUUUAUUCCGUGAAAAAGAUUUAAUUUUGCAUUGAAAUGUUGUGGUUGAAAUAAAAAUCCAUUUCUGGCUAAAUAAAAUAAAAGUAAAUGAAAAUCUAAAUAAAUUGAUACGGCCUGCAAAAAGGUUUGUAACCUUUGGCCUUGAAAAACAAACUUAUGAACUACAAAAUUGGGGUUCUUGGUAUAUUUAUUAGCGAAAUGUAGGCCUAUUUAAUUAAACAAAAAAACUAAUUUAUAAUGAAAUGAUAAUUAGGUCGAGUUUUCGAUAUACAUACAUAUACCAAAAUUAAAUAGAAGGGACUGGUAGGGGAAUAUCAAGGUCAUUAGGGUCAUAGACCUACAACUUCUAAUGAGAAAAAAAAUCAGAAAGAAUUAAUUUUAUAUGCCAAGACGCUGUCUCUUUCCAUUUGGAACUUUUCAAGUAACUUUUAUAUCGCUCUUGAAAUGAAAAUUUAUUUUAUUUUGAAGCAUUUGGUAUGAAAGCGAACGGAACAAUGAACAAAACAAGAGACACACAGACAAAACAGAGAAGCAAAAAAGUCUUAUUUCCAAAAGCUUUAGAAACGUUGCGAAUCGUAAAGCGAUUUAUAGUUUUGGGCGAAUUUCUUGGGGGAUGGGAUAUAUAGGUAUCUAUAAUAAAGGAAAGUUUUGGAAAUUCGAUGGAUAAUAAAAUAAUAAGCUUCAAAAUCUCUUUGAGUGAGAGCUAUUAAAGAAAAAAAAUUAACAGAAAGAUAUGCAAUUUAUAAUAAAAAAAUAAAUCGUAGAGAAUGAAAAAUAAGGCAUAUAUAAAUUAUAAAAUAAAUGUAAUAACCAAAAUAAAAAAAAUAAAAAAAUGAAACUAUAAAUAAACUAACAGGAGAUAUAAUGCAACAAUUAUAACAUAGAAGAAGAAAAAACAAAUUUAUACAUAACGUUCGACCAAAUAAAAUUCAUAUAUAUACAUAUAUAUAUAUAGGUUAUAUUUUUAAAAAUUUGUGAAAAAAUAAUAACCCAAAUAGAGAGCACAAUGCGCCGUUGAAUUAUACAUUUUCAAUAUAAUAUUGUUUGUAACGAAAAAAACUGGCGUAAAAAAAGUUGUAAGAUGAUUUUUUAUUUAUUCUUGAAAACUAAAAAAAAAAUUAUAACUAAAGAUGAUAGUCAUUCCAGAACAGGCAGGCUCUACUAAUGCCAUCAUUUCAACUAAUGGAUGUGACUCAAUGAAUAAGAAAAUAUAGCAUUCUUCAAAUGAGAACAAAACAACAAUGCAUUUAUACACUUGCAAGUUAAUCUUCGAAUAAAUUAAAAAAAUUCAUUUUUUUUGUUAAAAGUAGAGAGAAAUUAGUUUAUUUUUUAAUUAUUGUAUUACAAGAAAAACGAAUGCAUACAAAGAAGAAAAUUUCUAGUCAAGCAGAAAAAAAUGUUUCAAUUCAGA